AUGAAGCAAUUGCUGCCGGUGCUACUAAGCCUGGCCUGCCAUGUAGGCACCUCGUACAAGUUCGAGGGCGACCCCACGAGUGAUCAGGAGUGGACCUCUGUGGACAUCGCUUCGGAGGGGCCUGACCCGAUGAAAGAGUAUGGGCCGCAUGCGGACUUGUCGAUGGCCCUGUCUCUGGCGCUGGUGAACCUCUCCAACUACUCCGGCUUGAUCAACUCGAGGGACAGACCUCACAAUGCGAACCUGACUCAUUACUUUGGGGUGGAUCCUCAUGAAGACCUCUUGAUGCUCUAUGACAAGGUCCAGGGAUUCUUUGAGGUCCUUCACGAGGUCUUGGGUGAGAAUGCCUCUCGCUACUGCCCAUUCCAUGCGGAGAUAUACAUCCCGGAGUGCAUCGAGAUUGCCGUGUGCCUGGUCCAGCGUGAUGUUCCCAAGUACAUGAAUCUAGAAGCUUAUGCUUCCAUUAUGGAGCAGGUGACACGCUUCAACACGAUCGUCUGGGAGGCCAUCAAGUAUGGUCUGGGAUCGGAGGACCCAACCGAGAUCGGUGCAGACUUGGACAUUCCAAAAGAGUUCGUGUGCGACGAGAAUGACCAUUCCCACGAUCAUCCUGCCUCCUUGCUCCAGAGCGAUGGGUCGCAGACCUUGGCCGUGUCUUCGGCCAUGCAUCACGCCGCCCGCUCCACACACCAGAUCCUGGCGGAGCACAUUGCGAAUGCUUCACUCGAUCACACGGUGAACCGCUUGCAAGAAGCAUGGCAUCCAGUCUGCAACGUGUUGGGAUGCGACCACACCAACUUUCUGGACAUCCACCUGGCAUCGCACCGCCACUCCGUGGCGCUAAUGUAG